AUGGAAGAUUUUAAUGAGUGCAUUGACAAGUGUGGUCUCUUGGAACUACCAGUUCUAGAAAGUUGGGCGCAGCUAGACAGAACACUGGUAAAUGAGGAGGUGUUAUGUGAAUUCCCCGAAGCAAGUAUGAAGUACAUGUCACGAACAUCUUUUGGUCACCGCCCUAAGACUAUUAACUUGCAAAAGAAGUAUGCUUUGUAUGGCCCGACUCCAUUUCGAUUCCAACGAAUGUGGUGUGAGCAUGAGGGAUUUUUGCCGCUUGUGGAGGCAGCAUGGAGAUUGGGAGAUAGUGGUUUGAUGUUGGGUGGCUUAGAAAAAUUAAUGGCUAAACUGAAGGCUACUAAAAAAGCUUUGAAAUUGUGGAAUAAAGAGAUUUUUGGGAGGGUUGAUAAUGUUAUUUUGGAAUUAGAAGAACGUGUGGAGGCUCUCGAUAGCAGGUUACAAGAUGCAUUUUCUAAUGAGGCAGAACAAGAAUACUUGAGUUCUAAAAUUGAAUUGGAGGAAUGGCAAAGAAGAGAGGAAAUUAGAUUGUCCCAACUGGCAAAAAAGAAAUGGUUGUCUGACGGUGAUAACAAUUCAAAAUUUUAUCAUGCUGUAGUCUCGCAAAGACGAAGAAAUCAAAGUUAUAUCAGAUGA